GUUUUAUUGCAGACCUUUAGUAGGUCAGCAUGUCACGGUCAAGACGACACUGUUAUGGUUAAUAAAUUACGGAUAAAUGUGGAUUUAUUUAUUCAUAGAUGGAUGAGAAACGCCUGAGUCCGGACUCUGUGGUCGGACCAAUGUUAUGUAAUCAGAAGAAGGACAAGACAUGCCUUGUAUGCGGGGACAAAGCCCUCGGCUAUAAUUUCAAUGCAGUAUCAUGUGAAUCGUGUAAAGCCUUCUUCAGGAGAAAUGCUCACAAGACAAUACGGGGUAGAUGUGAAGGGAAAUGUGAUAUAAAUGUCGAGUCGAGAUCAUUCUGUAAAAGAUGUCGCCUUGCAAAAUGUUUCACGGUUGGAAUGAGGAAGGAUAUGAUAUUAGAUGACAAUCAGAAAAAACUUAGGAAGCAGAAAAUACUCAUUAACAAAUUACGUCGACAUGGAACUCUUCCUCCGGAAGACACAUAUGCUGUAUCGGAGACUGAUGUACAAUCUGCAAACAGUACAAAACUUGCUUCACAGAGCAAAGAAUCCCUUAGGGAACAAUUUCCAAAUCUCUCAGAGACUGAAAUUCAAAUACUUCAUGGUGUUGGUAAAACAGAUUCAGAGGAUAAAAAAGCAAAGUCAGAUUUACAAGAAAAAAAAUUGCAAAUUUAUCACUCAUGGCAUGAUGUGCAAGACACACUUGAUGAUGUGACUAAUAAAAUGGACGAUGUUGAGAAAUCAAUAUUGCUUGAGAUGAACAAAGCUCACGAAAAUUCUUCAUUCCUUUCUAAUACUCAGACAAGAUUAAAAAAUCCUCCUAAAAAUUCGACUGAAGUGUUCAACAUUGCAGAUGGAUUUGUUCGUAGAAUUAUCAAAGUUGCAAAGCAGCUUAGUUAUUUCCGUUCAGUUGACAAGGAUGAUCAAGUUGCGUUGUUAAAGGGAUCAGUAGUAGAAAUAAUGAUGCUCAGAUCGGCAGUGAAUUUUGAUGUGAAAACUGAGACCUGGAAUUUAAGUACAGCAAGCUGUAUAAAAAAUACAGCUGGUAGUGACUUAUCAUCAAACUCGUCGUCACCAGGAUCAGCAGGUAGUAUGUCUAAUUCCUCUUUCGAAUUUUCUCCACCACCAGGAGGCCUGGAUAUUAACAAACUUAGAGAGGCUGCUAUGAGUGGAGCAGAUUUAAAUACUCUGCGUAACAUGGCUAGACAGUCAUCUCAUGCAGAAAAUAAAUCUUCUGAACACCAUGGAUUACCAGCAGGUAGUGAUGUUGAAACUUUGAAACAGAAGUACCAUGGAUUGCCAGCAGGUAGUGAUGUUGAAACUUUGAAACAGAAGUACCAUGGAUUACCAGCAGGUAGUGAUGUUGAAACUUUGGAACAGAAGUACCAUGGAUUGCCAGCAGGUAGUGAUGUUGAAACUUUGAAACAGAAGUACUAUGGAAUAUCAGCGAGUAGUGAUGCUGAAACUCUAAAACAGAAGUACCAUGGAUUGCCAGCAGGUGUAGAUGCUGAAACUCUGAAACAGAAGUACCGUGGAAUAUCAGCGAGUAGUGAUGCUGAAACUCUGAAACAGAAGUACCAUGGAUUGCCAGCAGGUGUAGAUGCUGAAACUCUGAAACAUAAGUAUGGUUUAAGCAUUGAACAGAUGAAACAGAAACUUGGCAUGAAGGAAGAAGCGCAGAGAGAUUACAGUGGUCUUGAUGGUCUAAGGAAUGCUGCUAAAGCUGCGGGGUUUGACGUUGAUGCUCUCAGAAAGGCAGCAAUGGGUGGUGCAUCUUUGGAGCAACUUUCUCAAUUGGCUCAUGGAGGUAGAGCUGGUGGCUCACAGGAAAUGCCUUUAAACUUGCAGAUGAAAGAAGAGACAGCACAGUCUACAUCUGGGACAAGCAUCUCUUCGGAGUUUCUAAAACUAGGAAACAGUGAAACUAAGACAAUGUUUCUCACUUACAUCAAGUUCAUAAAAUCAUUAAUGAGCACAAUAUCUGGAGAUUUGAUGAUUCUGAAAUUCUUAGUAAUGUUGGCAUUGUUUUCGCCGGAUAGACAAGGUAUUCAGAACCCUAGUGUCAUAGAAAGAUACCAAGAACUAUAUGCGAACACAUUGAAAAAGUAUAUUGACCUUGUGUUUCCGAAUGAGAGGAACAUGUUCGCACGCUGCAUAAUGAAAUUGACUGAUUUACGUAAUGUAAAUGAAGUUCAUACAAAAAUGCUCCUCAAGAUGCAAGUUGAAGAUAUUGAACCACUGCUUGUUGAAAUCUUCGAUCUUCCACAGUAAGGGAAAAAAGCCAUUUCGAGCGCUGCUGUGUGAAAAGCAACAUUAGGACUUUGCCAACAGCAAGUGCCCAGCUCAUUGUACAUCCAUACUUUUCAUUUAUCCCCAUAUCCAGCCUGUUGAUUUAUCAGUUUAUCAGUUACAGCCUGUUGUGUGCAACAGUUACUGAUAAGUGAACAGUAUGGAUCCAAAUCAGACGGUGCAGAUGUGCAGGCUGAUCUUGAUCCAAACAGGUCACAAAGCCCUAAUGCUGGUUUACAAACAGCAACGCUCAUUUACAAUACCUCAUCAUUACAAAAGUGAACUUCUGAACAUAUGUCUAUUUUCUUGCAAGUAAUAUUUUUAUACAUCUACACCUUUGGUAUGUUUUGCUUAAAAAAAUGUAAUUCACAGGAUGGGCUUUUGAAUGGCUGCAUUUAAAAGUCUUCACAAUACAGUAUAAUGUAUUCUAAACAUUGUGGAAAUGGCACAAAAGCCAUUCUUGAGAGCAGUAUCUCAGAUUCUAAUUGGUAUCUCAAUGUCGUCAGUUUAUUAAAAGGAACUUUAGGCGUUGAAAGCCAUUUACAGUGUAUAAAUUUCUAAGCAACUUUGCCCUUUUGAAUUCAGUCACAAAUUAAGGUUCAGUACUUGUCAACAAAAUAUUAUUUGAGCUGGCCUUGAGAAAUCCAACAUAAUGCGUUUGUGACCAGCAUGGAUCUAGACCAGCCUGCGCAUCCAUACAGUCUGCUCAGGAUCCAUGCUGUUCGCUUUUAAAGCCUAUUGCACUUAGAGAAACCGUCGGCGAACAGCAUGGAUCCUGACCAGUCUGCGCAGAUGCGUAGGCUGGUCUGGACCCAAGCUUGACACAAAAGCACCAGGUUGGUUUUCUCGUGGCGCGGCUCAUUUACAGAUAUUAAUCAAUCCUGGGAGAUUUUAAUUUUUGACAAGUUGUUUUUAUUGUUGUGAUGUGUGCGUUAAAAGGUUUCCUUAGAAAAUUUAAAGUAAUAGCGAAUGGUUCUUAGGAUUAAUAGAGAUACAUUAAUUUGUCUGUAUUUUGUACCAGUUAAGGAAGAAAAGUGCCCUUAGUAGAGUUCCCAGUAAUUAAUGGGAAUGCAGAAUUUAGUCUUCAUUUAACAGAAAAUGUUGAUUCCCUUGAGAUACUGAGAUGCCUCUGCAAAAUUGCGUAAUUCACAAAGCUCUACAUAAGUUAAAAGUUCUCUUGAUUUAGUGCUGUAGACAUAGUGCUGUGUAAUAUAGUGCUUUAUACAUAUUAAUCAAUGUGUAGUGCUCUGCAUAUAGUGCUCUUAAUACAGUGCUCUAUAUGUAAUGUUUUACACAUAUUGAUUUAUAUGUAGUGCUUUAUGCGUCUUGAUCUUUAUACAUAUUGAUCUAAAUGUACAUACUGAUCUAAAUGUAGUGCUCUACUUAAAGAUUUAAAGAUGCUGUAGAUUUAAUGCUCUAUAUGUAGUUUUUUUACACAUAUAGAUUCAUAUGUAGUGUUUAACAUACAGUAUGUAGUGCAUUACACAUAUUGAUCUAUAUGUAGCUUUUUACAUGAAGUGCUCUAUAGGUAGUGCUUUACACAUACCGGUAUUGAUCCGUAUAUAAUACUCUAAAUACAGUGCUCUGUACAAAGUGCUCUAAAAUAUGUCAUCUGUAUACAGUGCUCUAUUCAUAGUGCUUAAAUUAAAAUAUUACCGCAAAUAUUGUUCUUACUUAUCAUGAAAUGAUAUUUUGUGUGAGAAAUUCCUAGCUCUCUGUGAUAGAUAAGUAGAAUGAGAUAUUGGCUUCCAUUGAUUGCCAAGUAUAUAUGAGCCGCACCAUGAGAAAACCAGCCCCAUGUGGUUCUGGGAUGAUCUAUGUAUGAAAAGAAUUGGAACCACUGCCUUUACCAUUGCAUGAUCGUAAGAGGUGACUAAUAGGGUCUUAACACUUGGUUUUGCUGUAACUCUGUGAUUCCAGCAGGUAUGCAAAUUUUGAUUCCAUACCUCAUGUUUUUAUUUCGAUGUAAAUGAGAUGUGAAACCAAAAUUUACAGUCCUGAUUGGCGCCAUAUAACCUAUACUGUGUUGGUGUGCCGUAAAACCCAAAUAAAUAGAUAAAAUGAGAAAACCAGCAUAGUGCAUCUGCUUUCAAACCCUAUUGCACUUAGAGUGACCAUAAGUGAACAGCAUUGAUCUAGGUCCUUGCUGGUCGCAAAUGCAUUAUGUUGGUUUUCUCAUGGUGCAGCUCAAAUUAUUAUUGAUAUUUCUUGCAUAGUGAACAAGAGGUUGUGGUAUUUUCUCUACUCUAGAGUUGCUGAAACUUCUCUUACACCCUGGGCUGAAGGAUGAUUCUCAUGCUGUAAAUUACUUCAUUUAUGACACUGUUAUUACAUUAUUUGAGCUGCGCCAUGAGAAAACCAACAUAGUGGCUAUGCGACCGCGCAGUCUGGUCAGGAUCCAUGCUGGUCACAAAGCCAUUAUGUUGGUUUCCUCAUGGUGCGGCUCAUUUAUAAAUGAUUGCUUAACCAUUAUCAUGCUGGACAUGUUUGAUUCUGCCUUUGCGACCUGUGUAGAUCAUGAUCAGCCUAUACUUCCAUGCAGUCUGAUCAUGGUCUGCACUUUGCGAUAUCAGGGGUGUAAAAUUCCACUCGCCCACACGCAUUGGCAUUGUAAAGUCUGAGUAGGACGAGUGGACCUCGCUGUAUACUCGACCGAUCGGGCGAGUGUUUUUUUUUACAUCCUUCCUUUACCAAAGUUCAGAAAUUACAUCUCCAAAACGUCAACAAACUUUGAGAUGGUUCAGUCCCUACCUGGAUUGACUGGAAUUUACCCGCGAAUCGUAAAGAUAUCAAAACGUCAUGCCGGUAAUUUUCCAUUCCACAAGCACGUGCGACCUAUCGUAGUAUCUAAUUUACAUCGACACGUACACAAAAACCGUGCGUAGUGCAUUCAUUUUUUAACAUUUUCGCUUCAAUUUUUGAACACCCCUUGAGAAAUAAUACAAUUUGAAUUCUAUAAUGAUUUUAAUAAGAUAUCGACAGAAAUGUAGGCAAAAUUCUAUAAAAACGGUCAAAUUUUCAUAUAAUCAUUUGUAAAAUUUCAAACAGCGCAAUCUUCGUUACUUAUUUCUUCCUAAAAGUAAAUAAAUGAUGAAUACUCUGGGCAUAAAAUUCAGACUUUUGACCAGAAAGUACAACAAACAGAAUAAAAAAUCAUAAAUAAUGAAAAAGCGGCAGCAAUUACAAUACAUGGAGUAAUACGAUUUUUGGCAAACAGAUUUCUGUUAAUGCGGCAGAAUAGGUUACGUGACCUCUUGAACGUAAAUAGAAAUGCGAUUUUAAAAUAAAGCAAUGUGAUGUCCUUGCAGUUUUUAAUAAGUUUUAAAUGAAUCUUUGUACAUGUAUUUUUUGGCAGACAAUUUAAAAGUUUUUCUUGUCAAACAAUAAUGUAAAUUCCUUGAGGGCAAAUAGGUCACAGAGGUAGGAUAUCCACUACUAUCGUUUGAGACAUUUUCGUUUUAUACGGGAUAUAGCAAAUUUGCUUUCGAUAACAAAUUAAAGAAGGAACUUUUUAUUGAUUUCUAUUUCUCAGCAAUUUUAAGAACCGAGGCGGUACGAUCAGACAGUGAUGUGUCACAUGGCGCGAAAACAUGACGUAAUGUCAUGACAAUCUCGAGCAGAAAUACCGCUUUGAUCUCCACUUCAGAUGUCAAGAUACCGACACACUUCUUUUAACUCUUUAAGGGGGUGUAAAUUGAUAAUGAAAACAAGGUCAAUUACUUAGUUUAUCCAAAGAGCUAUCAACUGAAUAAUUACUGAUAAUCGUUAACGUUUUUUUUUUUGUCUCUUUCAAAACGGGUGGAUGGACGAUGAUUAUUGUGUCCAAUUUUUUUAGACACUUUUCAAAAUAAAUAUUUUUCAGGAAAUAAUAAUUUUGUACAUAAUACUCCUUUCAUAAAAGUGACAGUAUUAAAAGUGUCAUUAGGGCGAAUGGCUGUUCACUAAGGGCGAGUAGAUAUUACUGGCUACUAGUCCUGCAGGGCGAGUGGUGUGAAAAAUUUUUUUACACCCCUGGAUAUUCAGUCAGUAUCUUUUUGGUAAGCACCCCUUUUAACAAUUAAUGGUACUGUCCAAAUUGAAAGAUGGAAAAGUUCAUUCUAUUUUAGAAAUUUAGCACUGGUCACAAAGGCAGAAUCAAUCAUGUCCAGCAUGAGAAUGGUUAAUAUAAUUAUGGAUGUUGUUUUCAAAGCAAGGAUAGCUUUAUAUAAUAGUACAGUGCACUUCUUUAAAUGCAUUACUUGCCUGAGGAUUCAAAAGAGAUUAUGUAUUUAAAAAAAAACAUGAAGAAACUAUUGUAACUUUUUGAGGUACAAUCCAAGCUCUGUCCUCAAAAAUACUUCAACAUGAAUACUUGUGAUGUGUGCUUCAUAUUAGUAGAGUAAACUUGAGGAUGCAUGUAAUGAAACUCAAAAUGUGUACAAGGAUUUAACUUUCUUAUUGUUACAGUACAUAUGUGUUGAUCAUGUUUGAUGGCUGAGUUUUGAAGAUUUUAGAUGCUUUUUUUUAGCUCACCUGUCACAAAGUGACAAGGUGAGCUUUUGUGAUCGUGCGGUGUCCGUCGUCCGUCGUGCGUACGUGCGUCCGUGCGUCCGUAAACUUUUGCUUGUGACCACUCUAGAGGUCACAUUUUUUGUGGGAUCUUUAUGAAAGUUGGUCAGAAUGUUCAUCUUGAUGAUAUCUAGGUCAAGUUCGAAACUGGGUCACGUGCGUUCAAAAACUAGGUCAGUAGGUCUAAAAAUAGAAAAACCUUGUGACCUCUCUAGAGGCCAUAUAUUUCAUGAGAUCUUCAUGAAAAUUGGUCUGAAUGUUCACCUUGAUGAUAUCUAGUUCAGGUUCGAAAGUGGGUCACGUGCCUUCAAAAACUAGGUCAGUAGGUCAAAUAAUAGAAAAACCUUGUGACCUCUCUAGAGGCCAUAUUUUUCAUGGGAUCUAUAUGAAAGUUAGUCUGAAUGUUCAUCUUGAUGAUAUCUAGGUCAGGUUCGAAAGUGGUUCACGUGCCUUCAAAAACUAGGUCAGUAGGUCAAAUAAUAGAAAAACCUUAUGACCUCUCUGAAGACCAUAUUUUUCAUGGGAUCUGUAUGAAAGUUGGUCUGAAUGUUCAUCUUGAUGAUAUCUAGGUCAAGUUCGAAACAGGGUCAUGUGCGGUCAAAAACUAGGUCAGUAGGUCUAAAAAUAGAAAAACCUUGUGACCUCUCUAGAGGCCAUACUUGUGAAUGGAUCUCCAUAAAAAUUGGUCAGAAUGUUCAUCUUGAUGAUAUCUAGGUCAAGUUUGAAAGUUGGUUACGUGCCCUCAAAAAGUAGGUCAGUAGGUCAAAUAAUGAAAAAACGUUGUGACCUCUCUAGAGGCCAUAUUUUUCAUGGGAUCUGUAUGAAAGUCGGUCUGAAUGUUGAUCUUGAUGAUAUAUAGGUCAGGUUUGAAACUGGGUCAAUUGUGAUCAAAAACUAGGUCAGUAGGUCUUGAAAUAGAAAAACCUUGUGACCUCUCUAGAGGCCAUACCCUUGAAUGGAUCUUCAUGAAAAUUGGUCAGAAUGUUCACCUUUAUGAUAUCUAGGUCAAGUUUGAAAUGGGUCACGUGCCUUAAAAAACUAGGUCAGUAGGUCAGAUAAUAAAAAAACCUUGUGACCUCUCUAGAGGCCAUACUUUUCAUGGGAUCUGUAUGAAAGUUGGUCUGAAUGUUCAUCUUGAUGAUAUCUAGGUCAAGUUUGAAAUUGGGUCAACUGCGGUCAAAAACUAGGUCAGUAGGUCUAAAAUUAGAAAAAUCUUUUGACCUCUCUAGAGGCCAUAUUUUUCAAUGGAUCUUUAUAAAAAUUGAUCUGAAUGUUCACCUUGAUGAUAUCUAGGUCAGUUUAGAAACUGGGUCACGUGCAGUCAAAAACUAGGCCAGUAGAUAUAAAAAUAGAAAAACCUUGUGACCUCUCUAGAGGCCAUAUUUUUCAUGAGAUCUUCAUGAAAAUUAGUGAGAAUGUUCACCUUGAUGAUAUCUAGGUAAAGUUCAAAACAGGGUCAUGUACCUUCGAAAACUAGGUCAAUAGGUCAAAUAAUAGAAAAACCUUGUGACCUCUCUAGAGACCAUAUUUUUCAAUGGAUCUUCAUGAAAAUUGGUCAGCAUUUUUAUCUUGAUAAUAUCUAGGUCAAGUUCAAAACUGGGUCACAUGAGCUCAAAAACUAGGUCACUAUGUCAAAUAAUAGAAAAAACGACGUCAUACUCAAAACUGGGUCAUGUGGGAAGAGGUGAGCGAUUCAGGACCAUCAUGGUCCUCUUGUUUUUUUUAUAAAUCUUCCUAAAUUUGAAGGAUUUCUAGGAUGACAGGAAAACAUGUUAUUUAAUUAUUAAGUAACAGAUUCUUUAUUUCGCUAUAACAUAGAAAGUUUUAUGAGUCCAUAAACCACUAGCUAGCUUAUAGAAAGUCUUGUUCAACCCAGAUACUUGCCCCUGAUGAAAUAAUGCCCAGAGGGACACUUUGGGUCUUCCUCCACCAUGGAAUAGCUGGAAAAGUCACCAUAUGACCUAAUUUGUGUCUCUGUGACUCUAAACCAAAAGCAAAAAAAUAAAUAAAAUUGAUGCAUAUUGAACAAAGAUUGUUAUCAUUUGGCUUUUAAAGAUAACAUCAUUAUUUACAUUACCAUAACAUAGACUUUUAUCAUUUGUUUGUUAACUUAAUUGAUCAAUUGACAUGUUGUGUCUUCUGGUGUUCUUUUCAAUUUAUCUGAAAUGGUUAUUGUUUACCUGGGAUAUUUUAAGUCAAUUAAAUUGACUUCUUACAGAAUAAGGAGUGUUUAUGACAUAUUGGUUAAGACGGCUGACUUUGAAUCACUUGCCUCUUCCAGCUGUUUGUUUGUACACUGCUUGUUAGUGUAGAAUUCUGUCCUAUGUGGGAGCUGUCCUAGUUGCUUGCCUAAACCUUUUGAUUCUUACCCAUGAGUAUGACAUUCUAGCAUUUGCGGGAGCUAUCCAUUUAGCUUGCACAAACUCAUUGGUUCUCACCUUUGUUAAAAUUUUGUCCGAUGUGGGAGCUGUCCAGUUAGUUUGCCCAAAAUCAUUGCUACCUCUUAAGAAUAGAUUUUUGUCUAUCUGAUUAGAUUGUUCAAAACCAUUAUAUCUCACCUUUGUGCGGAGAAUUCUGUUAUGUCUAGGAGUCAUCCUAUUACCUUAUCCAAAACCAUUUGUUCUCCUCUCUUGAAAGCAGAAUUCUAUCAUGUUUGGGGGCUUUUCCAUCAAAUUAUCCAAAACCGUUGUUUCCCACCCAUGAGAGUGAAUUCUUUCUAGUGGGGCAACUAUUGGUUCUCACCUCUGUGCAUAGUAUUUUGUUUGGUGAGGUUGACCCAGGUCAAGGUCAAGGUUACAUUGGCAGUCAAAGGUUGAAUAGGUUAACUUCUUCUGUGUUUCAUAUCUCUGCAGGAAGGAUUUUUCUAAAGGUAGCAUAUCAUUCUUUUUAACCUCAUUGAACUGAUAUGCACUGCCAACAACACAGGUCACUUGGUCUAAGGUCAAGGUCAAGCAUGAUGGUUGGUCAGACAGCUUUAUUUCGAACUGUUAAUAGAUUUUAAAAUCAGGUCACAUGAAUGGUAACCAUCAUUAUACAACGAGAUAUACAUGCUACCAAUGUCACCAGGUCAAAGAUAAAGAUCAUACUUGUAUGUCGAAGGUCAAAUAGCUUGAUUUUGUGUCAACUCCAUGUCUUAUAACAUGCUAGAAGGAUUUUCAUUAGCCUGCUGGAGGCAACUGAUCUUGUGUUUGCGACCAGUGCAGACCAAGAUUAGCUUGCACAUCUGUGCAGGCUGAUAUGGUCUUCACUGUUCGCUACUCAGUCUGUAAAUUUUCACUGAACACCCCUUUGAACAUUAAAUGGUAUUGCCAAAAUUAAAUGAUGGACCAAUCCAUUUUAGAAAUUUAGCAGGAUAAAAGUUAAACAUUUCACUUAUUUACCUCAUUGAUUAAACCAAUGUGCAUGCACAACAAAGGUAACUUAAGUCCAAGAUCAAGGUCAUUCUUGGAGGUCAAAGGUUAUGAUCACAACAUUGUACCUUCCCUGUGUCAAAGUAGCUUCCGGGGCUGUUAUUAACUUUCAGUGAUUGCUCUAGUUCCGUAAGAUUUGGACAGAAUGCUUCUGAGUUUGAGCUUAUCACUAUAACAGUGUCAGUACUUUUGAAAACAAAAAUUACUCUUCAACAAUAGAGAUACUGAGAUUUCAGGAUUACAUAUAUAAAAAAAUCCUAAUAUUUAUCUUGCAAAAAGUUAUUGGGGAUUUAUUUAAAUUUCUUUAGGCCUGACAAAAACUGGUAUAUUUUGUAUUUCAUAUGCAGUUUACUCUGGUAAAAAGACAUUCCUGAUUAUUUCUUGAAACUUUGUGUCAGAUAGUCAAAGUAUUACUAAUUUAUAACUGGUAUAGUUAUAACCAAGGCCUAAAAUACAGGAUCGGAAAAUUUUUACAGUCUUGCCAUCUCAUUCUUGCCUUCCAAACAUUUUUUAAGGUUGUGCACAGGUUAUGAUAAUCAAAAAUUGACACGUUCUCUAUAUACAGUUUUAUAUUCUUAGAUUAUAAUAGAAAGUCCUUUGGGCAUUCAGCAAAAUUUGUGUGCGAAGAAAGUUAAAAAUUCAUGACCGGAGUACCUAAUCAUACGGAAAUUGCCAUGUGUUAUUAUCAGUCCGCUACUUAAGAAAAGUCUUCCCAAUUUUAGGUAUCACAAACAAUAUAUUUGGACCUGGAUCUAUUUUGACAAAAAUGUAAAGGAACACAAUAUCAUUUCCCAUUAUGUUUCAUACGAAGCUGUUCUUAGUACAAAAGAGUUUCAUUUUUGAUAAUAGAAAGUUGUAUUAUUUGCAAAAUUUAAUCAUUACUCUUUAUAUUGGGACAGAUUAAACCCUUUGGGCAAAAAAUAUUUAUUGAGCAUUUAAUUGCUUGUGUAAUUAAACAGAAAUAAGUAAAUGAAGUAUUUAUUGAUUUACCUAUGGUGAACUUGUUAUGAAAGAUAUAUUGGACUGCAAUAAAUCUUGUUUUGUUAGUCAAAAGUGUAAAAAGGUUAACUAGAGGCAAUGUCACUUAGGCUCUCUCAUGGGAGGAUUUUCUCUGGAGUCAUAUAAAAAACUGACAAGGUGACAAAUAUUGUCAUAAAUAACCAAUGAUUAUGGUGUAUAUUUGUAAUUAUGUUCUGACAGAGUUUCAUGUUAACUGUCAUUUUCUGAUUGUUUCUUAUUCAUGGGUAUAAGAAAUGAUUAUCAGACAAACUUGUUUUUAUAUACUAUGUGUGAAGCUUAGUGUUAUUAGAUUCAUAGCCAAAGCAGUAGACUUGACUACUGUGUAGAAUUUAUUCAAUAAACAUUUUUAUCUCCUUGAAUAAAAAAAAUACUCAUUAAAAGCAUAAUCAUGGAUUGAAUCCCCAAGUUCCUUUAUAUACUACAAAGUUACUGAUAUUAAUUAAAUAUUUAUUCAUGCAUAAGUUUUUCUAUAUUUCAUUUAUAAAAGUAUUAGUUUACUACUUGUCAAUACAAGCAGUAAUAGCCAUGGUAUUAUGAGUUUGCAGCAUUUAUGUUGUCAGUUUUGUCAGAGGUUGCCAAAUUAACUUCAGUUAUAUUGUCAGUUCUGUCUCAGAGUAACAUGGAAGUUUGCUUCAGUUAUAUUGUCAGUUCUGAUUCUGGUUGUCAGUUUGAUCUGCUUCAUAACUAUUGUAAAUACUGUCUCGAAGGGAAAUAUUAUGUGAUACCCCCGGUGUCCGUCUGUUAGCAAUUUCGUGUCCGCUCUGUAACUCUUGAACCCCUUGAAGGAUUUCAGAGAAACUUGACACAAAUGUUCACCACACCAAGAUGACGUGCAGAGCCCAUGUUUUGGAUGUCUCGCUUCAAGGUCAAGGUCACACUUACUUGGCGGCGCUGUUGUCAGUUCUGUCGCAGGCUGCUAGUUUGCUUUAUUCAUGUUAUCAUUUGUAUCACUGGUUACCAGUUUGCUUCAUUUAUUUUGUCAGUUCUGUCACAAGUUACCAGUUGCUACAUUUGUAUUGUCAGUACUGUCACAGGUUACCAGUUGCUACAUUUAUAUUGACAGUACUGUCACAGGUUACCAGUUUGCUACAUUUAUAUUGUCAGUUCUGACACAGGUUACCAGUUUGCUACAUUUAUAUUGUCAGUUCUGUCCCAGGUUACCAGUUUGCUACAUUUGUAUUGUCAGUACUGUCACAGGUUACCAGUUUGCUACAUUUCUAUUGUCAGUUCUGACACAGGUUACCAGUUUGCUACAUUUAUAUUGUCAGUGCUGUCACAGGUUACCAGUUUGCUUCAUUUAUAUUGUCAGUACUGUCACAGGUUACCAGUUUGCUUCAUUUAUAUUGUCAGUUCUGUCACAGGUUACCAGUUUGCUACAUUUAUAUUGUCAGUUCUGUCACAGGUUACCAGCAAACUUACAUUUAUAUUGUCAGUUCUGACACAGGUUACCAGUUUGCUUCAUUUAUAUUGUCAGUUCUGACAGGUUACCAGUUUGCUACAUUUAUAUUGUCAGUUCUGUCACAGGUUACCAACAAACUUACAUUUAUAUUGUUAGUUCUGACACAGGUUACCAGUUUGCUACAUUUAUAUUGCCAGUUCUGUCACAGGUUACCAGUUUGAUGCAUUUUUAUUGUCAGUUCUGACACAGGUUACCAGCAAACUUACAUUUAUAUUGUCAGUUCUGACACAGGUUACCAGUUUGCUACAUUUAUAUUGUCAGUUCUGUCACAGGUUACCAGUUUGAUGCAUUUUUAUUGUCAGUUCUGACACAGGUUACCAGUUUGAUGCAUUUUUAUUGUCAGUCACCAGUUUCAUUCAUUUAUAUUUUUGAUGAACUUGUAUGGAAAAUACCAACUUAAUUCUUAAUUCAUAUAACUAACUAUAUUAUCAAUACUGGCUAAGCAGAUUUAGUAAAUAAGGUUUCAUUGCAUCUCUAGUGUUAUUGAAAAAGAUUAUUUUAACUACAAUCCAAAAACAAUAUAUUUGCAUGAUUCAGAUUGUUAUUUAUAGAGAUUUGAUUCAAUACUUGACUUGAUAUUUAAACGGUUAAUUACAUUGUAAGCUUAGAAAAUGAGAUUUGUUUUCAGUUAUUUACCAGUACUUCGGAUUAAAGAGCAUUCAAAAGGUUCAACAACCCAUUUAGCCUGUAGUGAAUGAUUGAACUUUUUAUGUCAAAUAUUAGAUAUAACAUGUCAGCUUCAGUGACUUCUUUGAAAAUCAAUUUUUAUCCUGUGCACAAGGGAUCCAAAUUCAGGGAAUGCUGACAGGAAUAACAAAAAAGGUUGGUCAGCUGGUGAAAAAAAAAAAAAUUGGACAUAACAUUAAUAUGAAAAAGUUUUAUAUAUUUAUCCAUCCUUAAAAAACAUAGGAAACUUCAACUCAGUUGCCAUUCUGCCCUGUUGGUUCUAUGCCACUCCCUCUCCAGUACACACAAAACCAUCCUCCACCUGCACGCAACUGCCCUCACCCCCUCCCCAUCCCCACACCUCAAGAAUGAAGAAUAUUCAUUGAUAUAAGGAAGCUGUUUUGACUGUAAUGUCUCUAUCCAUCUUUAAAUGUCAGCCAACAAAAAACAGAAGUACAUAUAGCAGUUUAUGUAAGUCUUCCAGGAAAUUAUAAGUGUGGCUGAGUGACAUAUUGGAGAAAAUGAUUAUGUCUUAAAAGCGGAACAUUAUGCAUGGAGAAAUUCUAUUGGCUGACAAGAUUGUUAGUAUCAUUGUACUUUAAUGUCAGUUUCGGAGGAUUGUCAAAGUCGGGAAUAAAGAAACAAAGGGAAAACAAAAAAGACAUUGAAAAUUAGUGAUUAACCACAUUCCGAAAUUUAUACUUUUUGCUACAUUGUUUACAUAAUCUUCUUCAGUUGUUUCCUUGUAAACAAUUGUUACCUUUAGUCAUGUUUACCAUUCUGUAACCUAGGAGAUUUUAGAAAAUCUAUUCUUGGAAAUGGUUAAAGUUUGAUAUACAAUAAUUUUAUGCUCAUGUCAAUUUUGUGAUUUUGUUAUUUUUCCCCCCCCGGUGAAAAUGUUUUUAAUUGUUACAUAGUUUGUUACAGAGUUUUGUAGUUGUAUUUACAAAAUGAAUUGUUAACAUAAUUUUAUGAGUAUUUUAAAGAAACCGGUUUAUAAGAAUAUAGAUCUGCAGAAGUGAUUGUUAUAGAAUUUAGUCUUUUUUUCUGCUGUUAAGAGUAUGUUUAUGUAUUUAACUGACUGGUUCAUAUCUAAUGGGUUAGACAUGUUUGAUAUUAAGUCAUAUUUUAUGAAAGGCGUCCUUGUAAUAUUCAAUAAUUGUACAUUGUUAGAUUUAUUUUGAGAAAAUGCAUGAGUUCUUUAAUGGAGAUAUUGCACAACUUUAGAAACACAAUAUUAUCCCACAAAAGAAUGAGUGUGUAUUUCUCAAUGUAACUUUAAUGACCCUUUAAUUAUAUAAUUAUAUAUAUAUAUAUAUAUAUAUCUACACUUACCAUUAAUGAUUGUUAAAAAUGUGUUCUUUAGCCAAAUGAGUAUAUAAUAAUGAAUGCUUCAAGAGAAGUAAUAAGUUAAAAACAAUAAACAUGCAAUGUUUUGGUCUUUCAAAGUAUCUGGGAUGUUUUUCAUGUUUUUCUAAAAAGAAAAAAAGAAACAUUAUAUGUAAGUUUUAAUAUUAAUCACUAAUUUUUCUGUAUUUUAUCAUAUCACCUGAACUUGUCUAGUCUAGGGUAAGCUUUAUGUAUAGGUAGUUUGUCUGGCAUCUGUCAUCCACCAUUAGCAUUUUAACUCAAACAUCUCCAAAACUACAGUCCAGAAUUACACCAAACUUGGUCUGUAGCAUCCUGGCAAGGUCCUGUUUCAAUUUUUUUAAUGGGGCAUUUGGCCCCUUUUAAGGGCCACUAAUGUGAAAAUGCUAAAAAAGAAAACCUUUGAACAACUUCUUCUCAGGAAACAUUUGAUGGAUCUUAAUCAAACUUUUAAGGUUGCUAGAGGUAAAAAGUUGUAAUGUUGUUAAAUGAACUCAUGAAGAGCUUGAUGGAUCUUCAUCAGACUUUCUCUGUAGCAUUCUUCUUAAGUCCUGUAUUAAAUUUCUAAAGGGCCUUUAGAGCUAAAAAUAGAAAUAUCUUUAAAUGACUUUCCCUUGAACUACAUGACGGAGCUUCAUUAAACUUAGUCUGUAGCCCUCUCUCAGAUUUGUUCAAACUGGGGCACUUGAACCUUUUUGUGCUUUUGAUACAAAACACAAUUGUUAUUUGUGAUUCUGUUUGUUAAACAUGUAUUCAAAGGUCAGGUGCGUGACUUAGGGUCACUGUUGCCCGUUUGUUUUAUGUUAUACAAUUUGAUGAAAUACUGUGUAUUUUCAGUGAAAUAUAUAAAAUUCAUAUCUCUCACAUUGUGAAUAAUACAGUGUUUGAUUAUUUUUUUAAUGUUUUCUUUUUUAUCAGUUCAACAAAGAAUAAAAAGACCUUUUUGUUUCACAGUAAUAUAGAAAUGUGCACAUUUUGGUAUAGUUUUCCUGUAUCUGUGUGAGUCCAACAGGUGUAAAUGUUUUAAUUGCACACCUCAUUUUUUUAUUAUGCCCCCCUUCGAAGAAGGAGGGGUAUAUUAUUCUGCAGAUGUCUGUCGGUAAGUUGCUCGGUUGGUCUAUCGGUCGGUAUGUAGACCAAUCCGUUUCCAGAUGUUAACUCAAGAACGCUUGGGCCUAGGAUCAUGAAAACUGAUAUAGAGGUUGGUCAUGACCAGCAGAUGACCCCUAUUGAUUUUGAGAUCAGUAGAUCAAAGGUCAAGGUCACAGUGAUCUGGAAGAGUUAAAAGGUUUCUUGAUGAUAACUCAAGAAUACUUUGGCCUAGGAUCGUGGAAGUUGAUAGGGAGGUUGGCCAUGACCAGCAGAUGACCCCUAUUGAUUUUAAGGUUAGUAGGUCAAAGGUUAAGGUCACAGUGACCCGGAAUAGUUAAACGGUUUCCAGACAAUAACUCAAGAAAUCUCGGUCCUAGGAUCAUGAAUGUUGAUAAGGAGGUUAGUCAUGACAGCAGAUGACCCCUAUUGAUUUUGAGGUCAGUAGAUGCAAGUUCAAGGUCACAGUGACAGUGAACAGUUGAACCGUUUCCGGAUGAUAACUUAAGAAUGCUUGGACCUAGGAUCACGAAACUGGAUAGGGAAGUUGAUCAUGAUCAGCAGAUGACCCCUAUUGAUUUUGAGGUCAGUAUGCAAAGGGUCAAGGUCACAUUGACCCAGAACAGUUAAGCAUUUUUUUUAUGAUAACUUGAGAAUGCUUGGGCCUAGGAUCAUGAAAGUUGAUAGGGAGCUUGUUCAUGACCAGCAGAUGACUCCUAUUGAUUUUGAGGUCAGUAAGUCAAAGGUCAAGGUCACAUACCAGGAACAGUGAAACAUUUUCCGGAUGAUAACACAAGAACGCUUGGGCCUAGGGUCAUGAAAGUUGAUAGGGAGGUUAAUCGUGACCAGCAGAUGACCCCUAUUGAUUUUAAGGUCAGUAGGUCAAAGGUCAAGGUCACAGUGACCUGAAACAUUUACACCGUUUCCAAACGAUUACUUGAGAACGCUUGGGCCUAGUAUCACGAAACUUGAUAGGGAGGUUGAUUAUGAUCAGCAGAUGACCCCUAUUGAUUUUGAGGCCAGUAGGUCAAAGGUCAAGGUCACAUUGACCCAGAACAGUAGAACGUUUGUGUACAGUGACCAAAUAAUUUCUGUUCUUUGAGCAAUUACUGAAUGCAUCAAUGGGGGGCAUUUUGUGUUCUACGAGCUCUUGUUUCAAUGUAAGUGAGAUGGGAAAACAAAACUUUUCAGUCCUUUUUUUGCAUCAUAUUAAUUGUUCUAUGGUACUCUGUAAAAUCCAUAUCAGUAAAUCAGUAUUCACAAAAAAAGAGACAUGAUGUUAAAUGUAGAUUUCUAAUUAAAGUCCAUGUAGAUGAAAAUAUUUAAAGUUUUCACCCAAAAUCUGCAUAAAGGAUAAUUAUACAAAUUUUCACCUUAUAUUUGCAUAAAUGAUAUUCAAAUUUUUCACCUUAUAUUUGCAUUAAGGAUGUUCAAAUGUUUCACCUUAUAUCUGCAUAGUGGAUAUAUUUUUGCCCUAUCUUCCCCCCCAAAAAAGCUGUCUAAAAAUAUUCCAAUUUUUCAAUUCAUGUAAAUGAAGAUAUACAACAAAUUUUUCACUUAAAAUGAGAUAAACCAUAAUGUUCAAACCAAGCUGUGAACAAGAAGCUGAAAUGUGAAAACUGACUUUAUAGAAAACCAGUUGAGAAUUUUCUUCUCGAGAGAAGAAAAUAACUAUUUGUUAUCUUUUGUUUGUAUGUAAGUUUAUUUAUAGUCCCCAAUGGUAACAUAAGGGACACUCCUCCAGAAUACUGUUAGUAAUGUUAGUAGGAAGAUAGUGCAAGAUAAAGAAGACACUCCUAUUCCUGGAGCUUCCCUGGUUCUUUUAACAUGACAGGUGUAAAGCAUCCAUACACGGGACUCUUAUCCCAAUGUUAGUAAAUUUUAGUUGCAGGAGAGGGGGCUCAAACUCACAACCCUUGUUUCGUAGUCAAACAGUGUUACCAUUGGACCGCUGCAUCCACUCUCUAUUUAUUUGCUAUCAUGUUUGGUGUGCCUUUUUAAGGAACUAUUGUAGAAAGCAUAAAACUGUGAAAUUAUUAAUACAUGUAAAAAUGAGACAAUUUUCGUAGAUUUUGUGGUUGCUUCAAAAGGUUUCAAGCCCAAGCCAACAAUUAAAAUUUCCAAUAAUAUUAGCCUUCAAAUUUUGAAAUCCACAUGUCUAUGUCCCUGCAAUGUAGAUUCAUGGUUGAAAUUAUUUUUAUUUUUUUGCAGAGUCAGUAUAUUUUGGGGUUAAUGAAGCAAAAAUAUUCUUACAUAUAUAUAUAUAUAUAUAUAUAUAUAUAUAUUUUUUUUUGUAUGCACAUGUAUUAUACUUUGUUUUAAAAAAAUAUGUUGAAUGUUUUAUUUACUCACGAUUCUGUUUUUGUUUUGUUGUUGAAUCAUUCCUUGUUGUGAGGUGACAAUAGAAUGUAGCCAAGCAAGCAUGUUAUAAUUGAUUUACACACGGCAAAGAGGUUAUAUGUCUGGCAGUAUAGUUUCAUUAGAGCAUAACCUGAAUAAAUUAUAUUGAGCAGCAUCAAACUAUUUAGGGUGUUUAAAAUCAAUUAAAGCAUGCUAAAAUUUGCUGUAUAAUAUUUGGUAUGUAAUAUGAUUAUAAAUUAUAUGUAAAAUAGUAGAACAAAUAUGGAAGCACUAUUUCUUAGUGAUUACAUGUUGUAGGUUGAUGUAACAACAUUGUUAGCAUGUAUUAUUGAGAAAUAAAACAUGAUUUGUCACAUUAGAAUUUGACAUGUUAAACAUGUUAAUAUAGAAUAUCCCAUACUGCAGAUUGCAUAAUACUGGCAUUUUUAUAUUUUUCACAUUUAGAAUUUAGAAAACUCAUGAAUAUUAAACUGUGUCCAGUAACAUAUUUAGCUUAAAGUAACCAAUUUGUAACAACACAAAUAAACUGCCAGCAAUAUCAAACAUUGCAAAGCUAUGACACGCGAAACGAGAAGAAGAAGAAACAUUGUGAAAUUAGCAAGAAAAAACAUUAUAGUUACACUGACAAUAAAAUUGCUAAAUAAAAGCAAAUUCAACAAUGCUCAGUGUGCAGUAUUCAAUUGCUCUGUCUUUUUCAUGCCCCCACAGAGGCUGGCAUAUAGUUAUCACACUUUCCUUAGUAAGUUUACACAUCUAAAACAACUUGGCUAUGCCUUUUGAAGGUUUCAAGGAUUCAAGGGUACCCAUUUGAAAUUUUGCACAAAUGUUUUGCAUGAUUAUAAACUGUGUUGUGCACAAGGGUUGGUUCCUCAGAGAAGAACCUACACAUUUCUUUGUUUAUUUAUGUAACGGUUGUGAAGGCCAUGGUUUUGCUUCUGUGUUGGUAUUCAUAAUAAAUAUAUUAUGUACAUUGCAAAAUAAGUUAUCAUUUAUUUAUAAGAGAGUUUGUUAUGCCUACUGCUUAAGUACUGUGUAAGGACAAGUAAUUCAAGAUUUGGUGUAACAAAGAUGAAAGGAAUUGUUAAAGAAUUGAUGUGACAAAGCAAACAAAGAAUUAUUCAUAGAUAACAAGGUCAAAACAAAGGCGUUAAAGAAAAUGGUUGAGGAAUGGUUAAGAAAAGUAAUGGCAGAAAAACCUGUGCCGACUUUAAACUGGUAUAACUUGCAUAAAACCUCUCUCUUAAUUAUUAUCAUGUUUCAGUGAUACAGGAUAGUGUAAAUGCAAAGACAUGGUGUGUUUUUUCAUGUUAGGUGUGGAUCCCCAGGGAUUGGUCGGAGCCGAAGCCAAGUAGGUCAAGGGAACCAACUAAUUAUCCCCGAGGAUUUUAGCAGAUUCUUUAACAGAAAACAAAGAUCUUAUUCUAGCAUAAAACCUGUUAAAAGCUAAAAAAUGAUACGGUGAAAUCAUUAAUAUUCUUGGGGGACUAAUUUUCGUGGAUUUCGUGGUUGAGUCAAUCCACGAAAUUUAAUCCCAACGAACAAGUAAAAUUCCCAUUCAUUUUAUGUUCAAAAGUUGAAAUCCACGAAUUCAUAUCCCCACAAAAUUGCCCUUUUGACCAAAACCACGAAAUUUCAUGCCCACGAAAUUAAAUGAUUUUACAGUAUAAUGCUGUGAUAUAAUGUUAACAACUCGAUAUGACUGUUAACUGCUUAAUUCUGACGUUUGGAUAAUGAAUGGCUAACAUUAUUUAAGUAAUUUAUAUACACCUGUUUUUCGGUAAGUUGUUUCGUUAAUACACUAAUACCGUGUUCACACUAGCAGAACGGUUUUAUUUUUAUUAGGCACUAAUUGGCUAUAAUUGGUAUUUGACAUACAAAACCCAUCAAAAUAUAAUCUAGUUUGCGUCCACACUAGGCAAAGAAAUGUGGUUUAAAUAUAUAAUGCAAUGUUGGAAGUUAACAAAUAUCUUGCAAUAAGCAAACAAGGUUACAAAGAAUUGAGGCUAACAGAAACAAGAAGGGAUCAUCAAUAUUUAAACUUAUGUGUUCAUCUAAGAAUUUCUUUUCAUUUCAUUUAUUGUCCAUUUUGAGCGUCAGCAUGACUCCAUAUCGCAAUUUAAUGUCUUUGUUUCAACAACAGUCCAAUUACUUUUGCCAGCCAUAGCAUCAAUUGUUUGAUACAAAAGAGAAACACAUGGUAUUCACCCUCCAAAAGGUAAGAUCUGUGGAUUUGGGAUUGUAAAACCAGUUAUAACCCACAUUUGCGUUCACAUUUGUAAAAUAAUAUAGCAUUACUUUUUAAUGUAGUAUUAAAACCACCUUCCGAGGUAGUUUUAAUGCUACAUUACAGAAACCACUUGACCUUUACAAAAUUCACGUUUUACACCACAUAUAGUGUGGACGCAAACGAGUUUAAAAAAUAAACCCAAGUUAAUGUAGGAUUAAAAACGUAGUCUGAACGCGGUAUAAAGGUAACAAUUUUGCCCACACUUAAACAAAGUCAGAAGUUUGUCCUAAUAAAAGUUUGGUCAUGUGGGAUCAGAAACAAGAUCACUAUGUCAAAUUAUAAAAAAAAAAAAAUGUUAACAUUAUUAGCAUAUUUUCUACCUCACCUAUGAAACCUGGUCUAGGUCAAGUUUGAAACUUCAUCAUCUGGGAUCAAAAAGUAGGCCACUAGGUGAAAUAAUAGAACAACAUUGUUAAUAUUUAGAGGUCAUAUUUUCUACGUAAUCAUGAAAAUUGGUAAAAAUACUUGUCUUUAUGAAAUCUACAUCCAGUGUGAAACUGUGCCAUUUGGGUAAAAAAAAAAAAUAGGUCACUAUGUAAAAUCAUAGAAAAACCUUACAGUAUAACGGUUAUAUUUCCUACUGAUUUAUACAUUGUAUGAAACUUGUUCAGAAUGUUUGUCUGUAUGAAAUCUAGGAAAGCUUUGGAAAUGGCUUAAUUGGUGUCAAAAACUACUACUAGAUCUUAGAAAAACCUUGUUAACUCUCUAAAUGCCAUAUUUUCUUCUUGAAUUAUAUGAAACUUGAUUGGGAUGUUUGUUUUCAUCCAAUUUAAGAGGUUGAAACUCUGUCAGUUGGUGGUCAGGAACUAAGUCACUAGGUUGACUAGUACAAAAAACUUGUAACUCUCCAGAGGCCAUAUUUCUACUUGAUUAAUAUUAUAGAUCCUCCUCUAUGAAAUCUAGCUUAAGUUUAAAACUUGUUCAUCAUUAUAUAUUUUCAAGGGGGUCCAUUAUGGCCUAUAAUGGCCCUCUUAUAAGAAUCUAAAGGGCUUGUGGUUGCAUCAGUCCAGGAAAUAAAGUCCAAGAAUCAAUCUACUUAACAUAAUAUUCAUUAAAUAUUAAGAGCCUGUAUAUUAGUACACAAAUUGGCACAUUAACAAGAGUGAUAUUCAGGGAGAUUAUAAGGAUGUUUUAAUGGUUAAUAUUGAUUUUAAGUGCUAUAUCCUUUCCGCAGCCUUAACGUACUAAAACGUAUUAGCGUCUGAUGGCCCUUUUACGCUUCCGUAGAAACAACAUUUAUUACACGAAACUUAUUUUGAAAAUAUUUCUGAGAUGUCUAGGUCUGCAGCUCUCAAAUACGGUUAUAUCUUACAUCUAAGGCAUAUACUGACACUCUCAGACAACAUCAAAAAUGACAUUUUGAGCGAUUUGAUGAAGUUCCAAAAUUAUAGAUGGACCCGUGGGAUUUCUGUUUAUCCAGAGCUCAAAUAUUUUUUCAUAGAUUAAAAGCUGACAUGCUGUACUAAAGCCCAGGUAAUUUCAAUUCGUAAUAAAGUGCUGAAAAUUGGCUCCCCAAUAGCAAAAAAAAAAAAAAAAAAAAAAGAA